AUGGAUGAAGUAGACGGGAAUGUGGACGUUAAAGUAGAGGCACAAGAGCCUCCUGUGCCAGAGGCAUCCACUUCAUCAACGGCGGCAGCAGUCGCUUCUGAUCAAAGUCACAGUAGGCAAAAGCUCAACAGUAACAAUCGUGGCCAAAUGAAUGAGAGCGGUCAGGAUGAUAGUAGCCACAGUCGCCGUCGCCGCCGUCUAGACCGAGAGCUUGGAUUUUCAUCGCCUGGCCCCGCAUUCCAACUCCAGCCACCUUCGGCGGACGAGCCAUGCACGACGCCAGGUCAUGCGCGCCGCUCAACUAGGCACUCUUCGCGUACGCCAAAACCGUCUAAGGCGGCACUUGAAAGUGGCCUUCUUCGUUCUUGGACGCCAACAUCUCUGAACAGCAAGACGGAAGAGCACGUUUCGGCGACCCAGAUGUCUGGACAGGCCCCUGGAACUCCCUCUAUUGCAUCAAAAUUCACCUCGUCAGCCACAAACACAGUUUCACCCACCUUGGCGUCUACAGAUAGCCUGUUGGAGCGGUGUAAGCGAUUGCACGAGCAUCUCCUGCAAGCGGAUAUGGAGACUCUUCACCAAGAACAUGACGCUCUCGUGCGCGAGCUUUUCCACCUCACCAAGUUUGUGACGAUGACAAGCUAUGAUCCUACCAUUGCAUUUCAAGAUACCAGUGAAGUGUUUGCCCAGUUCCGAUCUCAAUAUGAUCUUGCUACAAAGAUCAUGGAGGACCAACCCAGACUCACACGACGUGCUCUUGCCGAGCGACGGAAAUCCCUGGGCAUCGACGAGCUGUCCCCUUGCACAUCGCGAUCAUCUGCAUCUCGCCUAACGACGUCCUCUCCCUUGUCGACUCACUCUCCGACACAUUCUCAGGUGCCACCAGCUGCAAAGCGGAUUCGCCUUUACUCGCGGUCGCGUGACAAACGACGUGCUCUUUCACCACCCAACGUUCCCGCCCAUAUGGAUCUGAUUUCUCUAUCUAGUGGUUCAGCUCUUGAUCCACGUCAUCCACCUCAUCUCACCUACAUGUCGCCGUGGCAAGUGCCUGCUGCACCGAGUGUGCCAGGUGGGUCAUUGGCUGCUUUCUACCAGUCUUUUUGUUAUUGGGAUGACGAAGUUGUAAGGCCGGAUAUCCGCGCUGAGCGCCUCGCUCGGGAAUCUGCCAUCUACGUGCGUCUCGAUUCGUACAAGCGGCAUGGCCUGUCUCUCGAGGCCGGCACGACAACUGCGCUUGCGAAAUUCAAGCCUCACGAUCCGCCUCGUUCUAAAGCUCACUGGGACUUUGUUCUAGAUGGCGUUGUAGCCUGUGCACAGCGCAUGCGCCAUUUAAGUAAGCACCGCAUGCAGCUCGCCAAAAAAGUCUCGCGCAUGGUGAGUGCGUACUGGGAGCGUGCACUUCACAGCGAUGAGCGUGAACAAAAAAUGGAAUGGCGCAGACAACGGGCGCUAGCAAAGUGGACGAUGCGGGAAGUCCAGCGGCAAUGGCGCCUUGCCGUGACUGUGAUUCGCGGUCGCAAGCAGGCAGCUGAGCGUGCUGAGCGUGAAAAGCUGGGGAAGAAACAGCUGCAGGCUAUUCUUGAGCAGAGCACACAGAUGCUGGAAACGCAGCACGCUGAUCUUUCGAACUUGGUGGAUAAUCACUCUGAGGAGGAGGAACAAGAGGAGGUCGAUGAAGAUGGGAACAAAGACGAAACCGAAGGCGAAGAAGACGAAGACGUCGGCGCUGUGACGCAUGUUGACGUCUCUGUUCAGGAUAUGGAUGAGGAUCACGACCAAGAUGCUGGAAGCCAGACACAGGCGCUCUUAGCUUCUUCUGAGAAUGGCUCAGACGAACGUGAUGAAGACGCAUUGAUACAGGCAAGCGGAGAGGAUGAGAGUGACGGCUCUUCACGCGAGUUGGAUGAUGAGCGCUUGGAACACGACAUGUGGGAACAGGAUGAAGAAGAUGAUGACGAGGAUGACGAACUUCAGGCAGAGGCGAAUCUCCCUCUUGACGAGCUUAUGAAAAAGUAUGGAUACGCGCCGCCUAGCUCCCCGUCGCUAAAAGACACACAAGAGUCUGAAAGUGAGACUGAAAGCUCGAAUGCAACGGCCCCUGAAAUCGACGACGCCAAAUCGGACGAGUCAUCGGCCUCCGAUUCCCAUGCAUCUCUGCACAUGCUUCUCGACAGCAAAGAUGACGUGCCCGCGCACACGACCGGCAAAGUGCGUCUUCCGUUUCUUUUUCGUGGGACUCUGCGACCAUACCAGCAGGUUGGUAUGGAGUGGCUCAUUAGUCUGUAUAACAACCAGGUGAAUGGGAUUCUCGCCGAUGAGAUGGGUCUGGGCAAAACAAUUCAGACAAUCGCACUUCUCGCGCACCUGGCGUGUGAUCGAGGUAAUUGGGGACCGCAUCUCAUUAUCGCUCCAACCAGUGUGAUGCUGAACUGGGAGAUGGAAUUCAAGAAGUUCCUGCCUGGCUUCAAGAUUCUUGCAUACUUCGGUUCGCAGAAGCAGCGCAAGGCAAAGCGAGUCGGCUGGAACACACCCAACAGUUUUCAUGUGUGUAUCACGUCGUACCAGCUCGUACUAGCUGAUCAGCACAUCUUUCGUCGGAAGCCAUGGUCGUAUCUCGUGCUGGACGAAGCUCAUCAUAUCAAAAACUUUCGCUCCCAGCGGUGGCAGACCCUCCUCGGCUUCAACUCUGAGCGCCGCCUCUUGCUCACAGGUACUCCCUUGCAAAAUAAUCUCAUGGAUCUCUGGAGUCUCAUGUACUUCCUUAUGCCGCAAGGCAUCGCGAAAGUGGCCGCAGCGAGUGGAGCAUUUUCGAACAUGAAAGAUUUUCAAGACUGGUUCUCGAAUCCACUCGGCAAGGCAGCCGAAAAUGCCAACGCCAUGGACGAUGAGACCCGCGCUACUGUCGCAAAGCUGCACACUGUACUUCGGCCGUUUGUCCUUCGCCGUCUCAAGUCUGAUGUAGAGCAAGAGAUGCCUAAGAAGUAUGAGCAUGUGAUGCCGUGUCGCUUGUCGAAGAGACAACGCUUCUUGUAUAAUGACUUUAUGUCGCGUGCCAAGACCCGUGAAAGCCUUGCCAGUGGCAACUACAUGAGCAUCAUCAACUGCCUGAUGCAGCUCCGCAAGGUGUGCAAUCAUCCAGACCUGUUCGAGCCACGUCCCAUCGUGACGCCGUUCGUAUCGCGUGCUGUCGCCUGUGAUUAUGAGAUCAAGGACCUCCUUGUACGUCGCCGACUUUUACAACGCGAUCCAUGGCGUACAUGUGAUCCCGCUUUCCUGCAUCUCCAGUUCGUCGGCGACGAGUCGAUGCUUACGCCACUUAUUACCCGCCGCUACAAAUCGCUUGACGCGUCUGAGGCCAUGUCUCGUGCAGUUCCUCAGCCUCCCUCGGGCGACAACAAUGCCUCCGCUUCCGCGGAGAUGGUGGUUCCUCCAGUGCUGACAGUCGAUGCUUUCCGUCGUGCUCUUUCUCACCGGCGUGCUUGUGCUGCACACGAACACGCACAGCAUGCGGCUUAUGUGAACCGCAGGCGUUGCAGUGCGGAGCCGGUGUACGGGCGCGGUCUUUUCGAUUGCGUGCGUCUCACUUCGACACAGCCAGUUGAGCCGAUCGAUGCAGGUCAUUCGCACCGGCUUUGCGUGACUCAAUGUGAUGCGCUGCGGUCUUCUGUGCUCUCAGUACAGGAGCGCUCAAAUGCGAUGCAUGGCACCAUCUCACGCUUCGCCUUUGCGACGCCUCCUGUUCUCGCCCCUGCUGUGCCGCGUAUGCUCUUUGGCACUGACUAUGAAUACGACCCAGAAGCAUCUGCUUUGGCACGCUUGCCGGAUCCACUGCACACGUCCGCUGUGGCACUGCAGGUGUCGUUCCCGGAUGCAUCGCUGCUGCAAUACGAUUGUGGAAAAUUACAGCAGCUCGAUACUCUGAUGCGUCGGCUCGUCACUGAUGGCCAUCGUGUGCUGAUUUUCACGCAAAUGACCAAGGUACUGGAUAUCCUGGAGAAGUUUUUCAACUAUCAUGGCUACCGUUACCUGCGCCUUGAUGGCGCUACCAAAGUUGAGCAACGGCAAGCGCUGACAGAGCGUUUCAAUCGCGACUCACGUAUCUCAGCAUUUAUUCUAAGCACGCGCUCCGGUGGACUGGGCAUCAAUUUAGUGGGCGCUGACACAGUCAUUUUCUACGAUCUGGACUGGAAUGCUGCAAUCGAGUCUCAAUGCAUGGAUCGCGCUCACCGGAUCGGUCAAACGCGAGACGUCCACAUUUACCGAUUCGUGAGUGAGCAUACGAUCGAAGAGAACAUGCUCCGUAAGGCGAACCAAAAACGCCGCUUGGACCAAUUGGUGAUUCAGGAAGGCGAAUUUACAACCGACCGUCUCAUCAAAAAUGAUUGGCGCGACAUGCUGGACGAAGGUGGCACUUCUCUUGGCGGUGUACAUGUUGGUGAGGAUGCAUUUUCCGACGUGAAAGAUUUUGAGCAGGCGUUUCGAGCAGCAGAGGAUGCAGAAGAUGCAGCGGCCGUGCACGUCGCCAAUGAGGAGUAUCAUUUGGAUCAUGCUGACUUUGAAGGCGACGUAUGUCAAUCGGUGUCGGAUGUGCGUCGCUCCUCGCCACCUUCUUCUGGAGCAGGAAGGUCUUUUUCGCACUUGACCGAGCAGUCGCUGCUACUACCGCAUCUCGAGCCAACCGGUGAGAGUAAGACGGUCGUGAAUAACGACGAACUUGAUGAGUGCUCCUCAUCCGAUGUCGAAGACGACGAGGAAGACCCCGUCGGAUCCAUCGAUGACUAUAUGCUCCGGUAUGUAACUUCUCAUCCUACUGUGAACGAAAAACAGAACACUAACCGUUACUCCAGCAUGGUUGAGGCUGACUGGCAAUAUUUUGGCAGUUGA